AUGCACGCCUUUGCCGUUCUGUCCCUCGUCGCCUCCACGGCCCUCGUCGCCGCCCAGCAGGAGACGUACGCCAAGUUCCAGCCUCUGACCAGCUUUGGCUCGCCGCUCGAGGCGCGCCAGGAGCAGACGUGCGCCUCCCUCGGCGGCAAGCCCUGCGGCAGCAAGUGUAUCCGGAUCACCUACACGUGCUGCGGCAACGGCCAGGGCGCCUGCGAGGUCGGCUACACCUGCGGCCUCGCGGCCAACGGCAUCUACGGCUGCUGCCCCUUUGGCAAGCGCUGCAGCGGCGAUGCCCCCGAGCCCACCACCAGCAUCCUCGGCGGCUCCCGCCCGACCACGACCGUUGGCAGCGGCAGCGGCGGCGACGACGACGAGCCUACCCCGGUGCCGACGACCCGGGCCACCCCGACCAGCACCCGUCGCCUGACGGCCGUCACCACCAGCACACCCGCCCGCACCGCCUCGGGGACCGCCGAAGAUACGCUCCCCAGCGCUGUGCCGACGAGCGGCUCCGAUUCCGGCUCGGGUUCUGGCAGCUCAGGCAACGGUUCUGGCAGCGGAAGCAGCAGCAGCAGCAGCAGAAGCAGCGUCAGUACCGCCGUUAGCGGCGGCGGCAGCACUGGCGGCGCCGCUUCUUCAGCGGACAAUGUCGGCGUCAGCCUCGCCGGUCUUGCCGGUAGCUUCAUCGCCGCCGUCGCUGCUAUUCUCUAG